UUUUUAUGUAAAUUUUCAUAUGGAUAUAAAUAAGUAGAGACUACUCUUGUAUUGCACUUUUCGAAAAUGAAAUUUACCAUAGCUUUAGUACUUAUUAUUGGUGUCACUCUUAAUUUGAGAGUGGAGGCAAAGAAAAAACCGAAAAGAGUGGAGUGUUUCCAAUGUGAGUCGACAAGUCAAGACAGCGAUUGCAAAAAAGGAGAUGUAUCGGAAACAUGUCUCGGAAAAUACUGUUAUCAAUAUGUUUACCAAGAACAUACGAAAAAUUUCUUCGGUAGCACCUACUUGAAAUGGUGGUGGUUCAGAGGGUGUACAGAUGACGAGAAUACAUGCAGUGGAGAAUACGUGUCGGAUUGUACAGUGUGUUCUGAGUCUAAAUGUAACGAUGUAGAACUCGCAAAUUCGUAGUUUCCCAUUGACAGAGUUGAUUCGACUUUGAUAGACAUUAUUGUAAAGAUGGACAGAAAUACAUAAUUAUAAAUGGC